AACACCAUUGGCUGGUUAGCUGGCAAGCUAAGCGAACAGAGUGGUCACUAAAGCUGUUGCAUCUCAUGGAAAGUAAAGUGUGAUGUGCAGUUGGUGGGCAGUCCUAGAACAACGUUUGCAUGCCACACACUGCAGAAAGAUUAUUCAGCGAAGGAACAGCGGCGGAUAUGAUGUGUAGAUCGAUGGCAAUGACAACACACUGGCGAGAGAGAGGAUCUGAUUCCACUCGGUUGCUCCGGCGGAUAAAUAGGCAGGCACCCGUGCGCAGCCUUCACCCCGACAGCUCGACCGACCACCAGUCGACCGGUUCAGAGAGUUUUGUUGGUGACCAACUGACUGAACUGACAAUGGAUAGCUCCUCCGAUGCUCAUGGGCGUCACAAGUGCGCGGCGUGCUUCCGGCAGUUUAACAAGAUGGAGCACCUGGUGGAGCACAUGCGGGCGGCGCGGCACUCGCCGCACGAGCCCCGCUGCGGCGUCUGCGGCAAGCACUGCCGCUCCUUCGAGGCGCUCAGGGACCACCUCGGCGUCGGCGGCUCCACGCUGCCCAAGGCCGCGAGCUGCGCCAGCGAGUUCGCCGUGCGCGGCUGCAAGCUCUGCCUCCGCGUCCUCGCCAGCGCCGCCGCGCUCCGCGCCCACCGCGACUGCCAGCUCUCGCGCACCCCGCCGAUGGCGAGGCUGCACCAGCAGCAGCAGCAGCCGCCGGGAGGAGGGCGGGUGCUGGCGCUGGGCUGCAAGAUGGUCGGCGCCGGGAGCGACGGCUCCCUGGACGUGGUGGCGCGGGUGUGCGUCGUCGACGAGCAGGAGAAGAUCGUGUUCGAGACCUUCGUGAAGCCGCUCAUCCCGGUGACGCACUACCGGUACGAGACGACGGGGAUCCGGCCGGAGCACCUCCUCCGCGACGGCGUGACGGUCAAGAGCGCGCAGCGGCGGGUGCAGGACCUGCUGCUCAACGGCGAGCAGCCGUGGAAGGCGCGCACCAGCCGGGGCAGGGCCAGGCUGCUGGUCGGCCACGGCCUGGACCACGACCUCGACGCGCUCGGCAUGGACUACCCGGCCUACCUCAAGCGUGACACGGCCACGUACCCGCCGCUGAUGAAGACGAGCAAGCUCAGCAACUCGCUCAGGUUCCUCACGCACACCUACCUCGGCUACGACAUCCAGACGGGGCACCAGCACCCCUACGAGGACUGCGUCGCCGCCAUGCGCCUCUACCACAGGAUGAAGCAGCAGCAGCACCCCAGGCAUGACGGCGACGCCGACGAACCGGCGGCGAGCGCGGAACAGGCGUUCCCGGCGUGGAGGCAGCGGGAGCUGGAGCGCAUGACGCCCGAGGAGCUGCUCCGGCUCUCCACGCCGGACUACCGCUGCUGGUGCCUCGACGACUAGCCAGCCAUGGCUAGCUCCGGCAGCGGAGCCAGAUCGAGCGCGCCAUCGUCAUCACGUCGUCGUCCCAUGACGACGACGCGGACGGAUAUGAUUCUUCACCGAUCAGGCAUGCGUCAGCUCCGGCUCAAAGAAUUACUCUAUAUACUCAUAAAGUGUGUGUGACCCCUCCGAGUAAUAGUAUGAUUUAUGAUGCAUCAGUAGUACGAGUGUCACUGAUAAUCACUUAAUAUGUUAUCUUAGGCAAAAUAAGUAUGCAAUUGGGAAAGUCUCAUAUAACUGUUGUUUCAGCGCUCAUUUCAA